AUGCUCACCUCUGUCAUCACUGCCGUUCUGGCCCUGCCCCUCGUGGCUGCCGUGCCCUCCCCCCGCGCCGGCCACGCCGUCUCCGCUCGCAUCGCUGGCCGCGCCAUCGCCGAGGACGCUGUUGUGUCCCGCCGCGAUGCGUCCGUGCCGGCCGACUACUUCCUCCACGGCCUCGCCGGCAGCUUCUCGGGCAACGAGAAGCUGACCACCGUGACCAUCAUUCCUGGCGGCAACUCCAAGACCCAGGGCACCCUCGUCUCCGGUGCCACCUCGCAGGGCGUGAGCCUCACCCCCUCGGGCUCGGUCUCGCUCCUCGCCGGCACCCCGUUCGCCAACUACACCAUUCCCAACCUCGGUCCCGGCAUCACCCAGGUCUGCACUUUCGUGUUCCUGCAGUCGGGCUCGGCCGACAUUGACGUCCCCGUCGUCGACAACCGCCAGGACUUUGACCUCCAGAAGUUCACCCAGAAGGUGCACGUCUCGUGGUCCGACCUCCUUGCUACCACCUGCUUCUUCAUCAAGGACCUGAAGAUCAACACCAUCCCCAGCGGCUCGGCGACCGGCGGUCCCACCGGCACCGUUUCGCCUUCUGGUGGCGCCACCGCCACUGCCUCGCCUUCGCAGGCCCCCACUGGCGCCCCGUCCAAGCCCCCUACGGGCAGCCCUUCGUGGACCAUCAUCACCCGUUCGUCGACCAAGCGCCCCGCUCCCUCGUGCACGGUCUCGACCUCGACCACCACGUCGAGCACCAAGAGCCGCUCGUCGACUACUAACACCAAGACUACUCUUACCGAGUCCACCCUGCCUACCUCGGCGCCGGGUCAGUCGUCUGGUGCCCCCGGCCAGUCGACUACUGCUCCUGGUCAGUCGACUGGCGCUCCUGGUCAUCGACCGGCGCUCCUGUCGACCGGCGCUCCUGGUCAGUCGACCGGCGCUCCUGGUCAGUCGACCACCGCCCCCGGCCAGUCCACCGGUGCCCCCGGCCAGUCGACUACCGCCCCUGGCCAGUCGACCACCACCCCCUCGCAGGCCCCCACCGCCCCCUCGCAGGCCCCCACCACCGGUGCCUCGCAGAACCCCUCCUCGUACUCGACCAUCUCGCGCUCGACGACCAAGUCGUCCCCUUCGUCGUGCGCCGUCCCGACCUCCUCCACGUCGACCACGACCACCAGCCGCUCGACGACUUCUAACACCAAGACUACCCUCACUGACUCGGUGCUCCCUUCGUCUACCACCUCGGCCACCGCUUCGCCCACCGGCGCUGGUUCGACCUCGGCUUCGGGCUCGUCCUCUGCCACUGGUUCGUCGUCGGCCUCUGCUUCUGUCACUGGCUCGCCUUCCGCCUCCGCUUCCGUCACUGGCUCGUCCUCGGCUUCGGCUUCCGCCACUGGCGCCUCGUCGUCGGCUUCCUCCUCCGCCUCCGCCUCGUCCACGUCGUCGGCCUGCACUCCUACUGCCACUCCCAACCCCGCGUACCAGUCCACUGUCGCCUUCAACGGCAAGAACUUUGUCUCCAAGGGUCUUGUCGGUUUCGGCGCCAUCGACGGCAGCGCCAAGGACCAGUUCGGCGAGACGAUCGGCGGUAUCGGCUCGGCCAUCCGCCUCGACCACCUGACCAAGGUCGACUGCAACACGUACACUGGCCGUAUCAUUGUCCAGCCUGACCGUGGAUGGAACCGCCCCGAGACGCACGACUUUGUGGGCCGCAACCACUACGUCGACUUCACCCUCCGCCCCUACUACGACAACAAGACGCUCGAGUACCAGGCCGCCAAGUCGACCUUUGACCUCAAGUAUGUCUCGUCGAUCAAGUAUGUCGAGAAGGACGACACCCCCACUACCGGCCUCAACGCGCUCGCCUACCGCAACGGCUCGGUCCCCAUCCCUAUCGCCUCGGCCGCGUACAACCACAUCUCGCUCGACGCCGAGGGUCUCGUCCGCAACCCCGACGGCUCGUUCUGGGUGUCGGACGAGUACGGCCCCUAUGUGUACAAGUACUCUCCCGAGGGCAAGCUCAUCGACCUGAUUGAGCCCCCUCCCGCCUUCCUCCCCCGCCUCAACGGCUCGCUCUUCUUCGACGCCAACAACCAGAACGGCACCGUGCCCGACCAGGGCCGCGUCCCCAACCAGGGCUACGAGGGCCUCACCUCCAACCCGGACGGCACGCGCCUGUACAUCCUCCUCCAGUCGUCGCUCACCCAGGAUCAGGCGGACGACAAGGGCCGCUACACUCGUUUCCUCGAGUACGACACGACCACCUCGCCCCCUGCCCUGCUCCACGCGUACAUUGUCGAGCUCCCCGUCACCAACGGCAAGGCCAAGACGCUCUCGCAGUCCGAGUUCCACUACAUCUCGGACGACACGUUUGUUGUCCUCUCGCGCGACGGCAAGGGCGGUGGCGACACUGACGCCGUGGCCAAGAACAAGCGCUUCUACCUCUUCUCGACGUCGGCCGCCACCGACAUUGCCAAGACGACCUACACGACCGCCUACGUCCCCGUCGCCCCCAAGAACGUGCUCAACAAGGACGUGACCGCCGCCAAGGUCACCCCCUGGGUCGACAUCCUCGACGACGCCCAGCUCGCCCGCUUCGGCAUCCACAACGGCGACACGGACCCCACGUUCGACGUCUCGCUCCUCAACUCCAAGUGGGAGUCGAUCGCCUUCGCCAGCGUCCAGGACCCCGCCUUCCCCAACGACUACUUCCUCUUCUCCUUCUCCGACAACGACUUUGUCACCCAGAACGGCUUCCAGGCCGGCCAGCCUUACUCUGACCCCAACUCGUACACGCUCGACAACCAGGCCCUUGUCUGGCGCGUCACUGUGCCCUUCCCUCUCCAGGACGCUUAA